GAGACGUAUACACAUCAAAAGAAGAAACCAUCAUGUGAAGUUGAAGAAACUUCAAAGGCUACUGAGAAGGACAGUGGCAACAAGGAGAGUCCGACGCCAAAUGAUGAUCAAAAUUCAGUCUCUAGACUUGUGAAUUUAGUGCAGAUACUAAUUCAAAAAGUGGAGUCUAUGGAAACCAACAUUGUGACUAAAGUGGAUGCUGCAAUUGAUGCUAAAGUUGGUAACAAAAUUGCUAUGCUUGAAAAUGAUGUUAGACAACUACAAGAGCAUCUCGAACGUGGUGCCACUAAGGAAGAUGCAACAUCUUAUGAUCAUGUAGAUGAGGAUGUGACAAGUAUAUCUCCGUCGUGGAUAGUAAUAAAAGGUACAUCCCAAGAAGAUCUCCCGAGUAGCCGCGUUGUGAAGAAUGUGAACAAAGAUACGGAUCAAGUAAAGAAGAAUGGUGAAAAACAACAGCUUAAAAAGAUUGCUGUUAAGAAGAAUGGUGAUAAGAAACAAGAUGUGAAGAUUGCUGUUAAGAAGAAGACUGGUGUUGAGCAACCACAUAAGAAGAUUGGAGAUAAGGGUGGGAUGGCUCAAUCAAUUUCAACAGAAUCAGACUCUGAGAUCCGGGAGAAAAAACAGAAACUUGAUAAUCUGUUUGGAGCACUAGGACAAGGCCUCAGACGUUUGAAUGGUGACGCAGCUGGUUGUAAAAAAAAAUUGACUGCAGCACUGCAGCCCCCAUUCACGGGGAGCUCAAAUAUCAAGCGUAUUGUUAAAAACGUGACCCCUUCAGCCACAAGCUACGAUCCGUUUGCCAAAGUGGAAGAGAGUAAAAUGCGUAAAUUGAUGGAUUUUAUUGACCUUAAAGAGGGCCAACCUCUACGGGUCAGCAAUUCAAGUUUUGAAUUUUACAAUGUUAUUGUUACUCCCAGGAAAGAUUGGCCUGAACUAACCUAUGGCUGGUUGGGUGCGAUGCAUAUGUUCCAUAUAAGGUCUCUUUCUGACCCAUGUCCUUAUCGUUCUACAAAGAUUGCAUUUCUGGACCAUUGGUUUGUGAGCGCUUGGCGUGAUGAUCAUGGUGAUAUGGUGUCACUAUUUGUAAUUCAUCGUAUUGACAUGCGUACACAUGUUUUG